UGCUCAUGAAUGUGCGACGUCAAAAGACACUUUGAUAAUGAAUAAAGUUGACUUCAUAGCUUUUAUUGGUAAGGUUAUCAAUACGACUCAGGUUGUGGAAAGCAGAAAUGCCAGGAUAGAAGGGCAUUGUGGCUACGGCAAAAGAGAUAUUGGGGGUAGUAGAUGUUACGGUUGAAAUGGUUGUUGACAUGCUGAACAAUCCUAAGGCUGGAGUGUUCCCGCAUGAUAUAGAUAAAGUUCAAUGGGGUCGGGUGGAGGUUGUGGUUUAAACUAGGGAUUUGUUUGGUUUUUAAUUUUAUUUUCAUGGCAGAUCAUGAUUGAUCGUACAUUCCAACACAGUAGGAUGCGACAUGAACAUAAACGAUUGUUUUGCGGACCGCCAUGAUAUUGUAGAAGAAGAAACAGCAGCAGCAGAAGAAGAAGAAGAAGAAGAAGAAGCGUUACAGUUGCUCUCAACCAAUCGGAACUGAGUGAGGUUGGAUGGGAUGGACAGUAAGGGACGGUCUGGGAUGGACAGUACCAGUAUGGGGCAGUCUCUGCCCUCGAUGCCAGAGGCCCUCAACCCAGUCAGCAUGAAUCAGCUGUCUGAACCCCUGGGGGGGAGGAUGGGUCGGGGUGGGGGUGAUCUGGGGGCGGACCCGACCCUGCUGAUGGACAAGGCAGCUGCCCAGUUGGCCGUGACGCUCCAGGACAGUGUUCUAAACAACAUGGCUGCCCAUGGUCAUAACCAUAACAACCACAGGCACGAGAGGCUGAAGGACCUGACGUCCCUCAUGCUGAACGGCGACCAGGACAAGCUGCCCAAGCUGUGCCACCCUGAGCCCCCCACCCUGAAGGGUGCUGAGGCCCCCCCCUCCCACCCCAGCCCCCAGAGGAAGGCCACCUCCCCCGAGAUUAAACUGAAGAUCACCAAGCCGUGCUGUGGAGAGGGGCCCAACCUGCCUGUGGAUACUGAGGGCUUCGUGGCUCUUGCCAGCAAGGAGGGGAGGAGAAAGAGAAGACCCAUUAAACUCAAACACAGCUCUGCCUCUAACCCUGUUCCUGUGGAGGUGUCUGCUGCCAGUCAGCCAGAGGGCACUGCUGCCCCACAACAGAUCCAGCAGGCCAGUACUCUGGUGGAGGAGGAAGAGAGCCUGGAGGAGGAGGAAGAGAGCCUGGAGGAGGAGGAAGAGAGCCUGGAGGAGGAGAGCCUGGAGGAGCAGUCUAUCCCUGUCCAUGUAGGGUUCUCCGUGGGUGAUGUGGUGUGGACCAAGGUGCCAGGUUAUCCCUGGUGGCCCUGCAUGGUGUCCACUGAUCCAGAACUCAACACACACCUCAAACACAAAGCAAUUAACAGCCGGACAGCUGGAGUCAUGUACCACGUCCAGUAUUUUGGAGACACCCUGGAGAGAGGCUACAUCUUUGAGAAGAACAUGGUGUCAUUCAGGGGGGAGGAGCAAUAUGUCGAGCUCUGCCAUGGCGACAUACAACCUUCCUCCCGGGUCGUCCAGGGGAAGAGUACCACUCCGUCCGUUCCUCGUAAGCUCCAUGCCCAGUGGGUGGUGGGCAUCACUCAGGCCAAGGAGGCUGCCAGCCUGGCCCUGGAGGAACGCCUGGUCAAGUACACCUUUACCCACGAUAGUGACGGACCACACCUCAACCCCCGCGUGCUGGCUAAGCUUUACCCUGCUGAGCCUGGCCAAUAUCCUGUACCAUCCAGGCGGAUCCCCCUGCCCCCCAGCCCUGCCAACCCCCAGGCAGACAGCAGCACUUCCCUGGGGAAGAAGAGAGGAGGCCCCAGAAAAACAGAUGGGAAACGGAAGCAGACUACUUUUACACAGAAAAAGAAAGAUAACAUGGUGGUCUCCCCUAAAGGACCAACACAGAUGCCGUUUCAGGAUGGCCUCUCCACCACCUCAGAGACUGAACUACUUGAAUCUCAGAGCCAGAAGAGGUCCACACUGAGAACUGAGAAGAAGAGAUCCAAAGUGGUUAUUGUGACUACACACAUUCCAGAAACUCCGUCACCUGCACCCACAGCGAUAGGUAGGAAGGAAUGUCAGAAGCAGCAGCCUGGUCAACAGCCCGGUGAACGAGCUCUAAAGGAGACCGAGGAGAAGGACCUACAGCCCGGUAAACAAGCUCUAAAGGAGACCGAGGACAAGGACCAACAGCCCGGUGAACGAGCUCUAAAGGAGACCGAGGAGAUGGACCAACAGCCCGGUGAACGAGCUCUAAAGGAGACCGAGGAGAUGGACCAACAGCCCGGUAAACGAGCUCUAAUGGAGUCAGAGGAGAUGGACCAACAGCCCGGUAAACGAGCUCUAAAGGAGACCGAGGAGAAGGACCAACAGCCCAAAAAGAAACCUAGAGUAGGUGACAAACAGAAGGCUGUGGCAGCAGAGUCUUCCGCCCCCACGAAGAAGAGAAACAGAAAGAAAACUGAGACACACGUUAAAGGAUUCACUAGGUCUAAAUCACCAGAGAAAGAACCAGAGAAGAUUAAGCCAAUCAGGAAGAGGCAGGACUUGGCCAUCCAAUCAGCAGCUUCCCAGGCCAAGAAGAGGAAGCGAGCAGCAGCCAGUCCUGAGCCAGAGGGCUCUUUCAGUGAGGAGCGUCCAGAGUCCCCCAGUGACAGCAUAGACCAGGCCAGCGGGGCCAAGAAGGCAAAUGGAGGAGGCCCCAAGAAGGAAUCUGUCUGUCAGGUGUGUGAGCAGGCUGGAGAGGACGUGGUGCCAUGUGAGGGUCAGUGCUGUGGGUCCUUUCACCUCUCCUGUCUAGGAUCCACCCUGAAACCACAGGACAAGCUGCUUUGUCCAGACUGCACCUCAGGGGUGCACCAGUGUUUCAGCUGUAAGCUGUCGGAGGGGGAGGUGCAUCGCUGUAACGUGCUGCACUGUGGGAUGUUCUACCAUGACGCCUGCGUCCGCAACAAUACCCUCACUGUGUUUGACAACAAGGGCUUCCACUGCCCGCUUCACACCUGCAUCAGCUGCCACUCCAAACCCAAGGCUACCAAGGGUAAGCUGAUGCGUUGCCUGCGCUGCCCGGUGGCGUACCAUACAGGAGAGGUGUGUGUUGCGGCUGGCAGUGAAAUGUUGACCCCCACCACCAUCAUCUGCACCAACCAUUUCUCACCCAAGAAGGGCUACAGCCACCACUCGCAUGUCAAUGUCAGCUGGUGCUUCGUCUGCUCCAAAGGUGGUCAGCUCCUGUGCUGUGAGUCGUGUCCAGCAGCGUUCCAUCCAGACUGUCUGAACAUCGCCAUGCCGGAUGGCAGCUGGUUCUGUAACGACUGCCGGGCCGGAAAGAAACCCAAAUACAGAGACAUCAUCUGGGUCAAGCUGGGCAACUACAGGUGGUGGCCUGCAGAGAUCCAGCACCCCCGGAACAUCCCCACCAACAUCCAGAACCUUCGCCACAAAAUCGGAGAGUUCCCAGUCUUCUUCUUUGGUUCUAAGGACUACUUCUGGACGCACCAGGGUCGAGUUUUCCCCUACAUGGAGGGAGACAGGGGCAGCAGGGUCCAGAAGACUGGGAUAGGGAAGGUCUUCAAGAACGCGCUUUUGGAGGCAGAGAAUCGCUUCAAGGAGAUCAAGAUGGAACGGGAGGCCAAGGAGACGCAGGAGAACAACAGGAAACCACCUCCGUACAAAUACAUCAAGAUCAACAAGCCCUGUGGCCGGGUGCAAGUCUACACAGCCGACGUAUCAGAGAUCCCCAAGUGUAACUGUAAGCCCACGGAUGAGAAGCCGUGUGGGUUUGAGUCAGAAUGCCUGAACAGGAUGUUGAUGUACGAGUGCCACCCUCAGGUCUGUCCAAACGCAGAGCGAUGCUGCAACCAGGACUUCACCAAGAGACACUACCCAGAGACUAAGAUCAUCAAGACUGCUGGCAAGGGCUGGGGUCUGGUGGCACUACGGGAUAUUAAGAAGGGUGAGUUUGUGAAUGAGUACAUCGGAGAGCUGAUCGAUGAAGAGGAAUGUCGCUCCAGGAUCAAGUACUACCAGGAGAAUGACAUCACUCACUUCUACAUGCUCACCAUCGACAAGGACCGGAUCAUAGACGCUGGCCCUAAAGGGAACUACUCCCGCUUCAUGAACCACAGCUGCCAGCCCAACUGUGACACUCAGAAGUGGACGGUGAACGGAGACACGAGAGUUGGGCUGUUCGCUGUCUGUGACAUCCCUGCUGGGACAGAGCUCACCUUCAACUACAACCUGGAUUGCCUUGGUAAUGAAAAGACGGCGUGUCGCUGUGGGGCUUCCAACUGUAGCGGUUUCCUUGGAGAUCGGCCCAAGACGUCUGGUUUCCAGGCCGCGGAGCCCAAGGGGAAGAAAGCCAAGAAGAAAGUGAAGAAGCGUCGGGCGCGGAACGAGGGGAAGGAGUCUGAGGACGAGUGUUUCCGCUGUGGAGACGGAGGUCAGCUGGUUCUGUGUGACAGGAAGAGCUGCACCAAGGCCUUCCACCUCUCCUGCCUGGACCGCACCAAGAGACCCUUCGGGCGCUGGGACUGCCCGUGGCACCACUGUGACGUGUGUGGAAAGCCAUCUGAGGCCUUCUGCCAGCUGUGCCCCAACUCCUUCUGCAAGAACCACCAGGAGGGGGCGCUACGGCCCUGGCCCCCCAAUGGACAGCUCUGCUGCCAGGAGCACGACCACCUCUAACCCAACACCCAGAGUGGACUGAGGCCUAGGCUGACCCAGACCCCGACACACCCCCUCGGACCCCCUAAAGGCUUCAGGAGAGGCCUUGACCACAGUCUGGGAGAUGCUGACCUGCAGCAGAACUGGGCCCAACUCCAUAAUGUCUUCAAGAUGACAGAUGGACAGAAAUCCCUUUAUGAAUGUAUGUUGUCUCUCUCCUCAUCAGGGAUCUGCUGUACUAAUCUACACUUCGAACCAACCAGGUCCUUUUACACUCAGAUAGCCAGCUAAUCAGGUCCUUCCACCUGUUAGUUGUUUGUCUGUAACUCGUCUGCACUGAGAGAACUAAACACACACCUGUCUGUGGUACAAACACACAAGACAGUCAGAGUACAGUACACCUCCCAGCUACAGCCAGAAGAGUACAGUACACCUCCCAGCUACAGCCAGCAGAGUACAGUA